AUGAGACAAAAGCGAGCCAAGACGUAUAAAAGGGUUAUGGCACUUUAUGUUCAAACAUUUGGAUUCAGGCAUCCCUACCAAAUCUUAGUCUCACACGAUGUACUGCUUGAAUCAUCGAAAACGAGCUUGGAUAUAGUCAAGAUAUUAGGUGAUGUCGUUCAAGGGGAGUGUAAACCUAUGAUAACACAAUGUUGUAUGGAAGCAUUAUAUAAAAUGGGAAAAGAACAUCAGCAGACGACUAACCUAGCGAAAACGUUUGAAAGGAGAAGGUGUAAUCAUAGAACUGCUAUUGAUGGUAAUGACUGUUUGAAAGAUGUUGUAGGCCAAACAAACAAACAUCGUUACGUCUUGGCUUCGCAAUCAUUAGCAUUACGAACUGCAUUACAGAACGUACCUGGAUUACCCAUAAUUCACUUCAACCGAACUGGGGUAUUGGUCUUAUCUCCUCCUUCAACAGCCACUAUAAGAGAGAAGAACAAGAAUGAAGAGUCAAGACGACUUGACGGUAUAAAAGAGAUGCAAGGUGUGGUAGAUGGCGAAAAUGUUUUAGGGGCAAGUACGGUCUUACCUGGUUCAGCAAACUUGGCUGUGGGAAGGAAAAAGGUCAAAGGUGUUAAUCCUCUAAGUGUCAAGAAGAAGAAGAAGGUCACGAUACAAGUACCUCAGUCACAACAACCACAAAAGAGUGAUAUAGGGAAAAAAAGGAGAAGGAAUGACGAUGAGGAUGAGGAUGAGGAUAAGGAUAAGGAAGAAAAUGGUGAUAAAGGUGUGAUUGUCGAAGAUGAAAAUGCGCCAGAAGAUGAUGAAAGAGGAGAUACAGGAGGAGAAGAUGCAGGAAGUAAGAAGAAAAGGAGGAGAAGGAAGAAGAAGUCAGCUGUCGCCGAUGCUAUAGCAGAAUUGAAUGCUAUAGAUGAACAGGGAGGAGAAGGGGAAGGGAGUGACGAUGAAUAG